CCGCCCGCACGCCCCCUCCCUCCGGCUCCCCCCGCUUUGCAGGCGCCGAGCCGCAGGGCCGGGGCUCGUCUCUCGGGCACCCGGCGGGCGGGUCAGGGGCCGGGCGGAGCCCCCAGGGCACCAGCUGCCCCUCGGAAGGCAGCGGCGCAUCAUGGCUCCCAUCGGGCUCAAGGCGGUGGUCGGAGAAAAGAUCAUGCACGAUGUGAUCAGAAAGGUGAAGAAGAAGGGCGAGUGGAAGGUGCUGGUGGUGGAUCAGCUCAGCAUGCGCAUGCUCUCUUCCUGCUGCAAGAUGACCGACAUCAUGACUGAGGGGAUAACAAUUGUGGAGGACAUCAACAAGCGCCGAGAGCCCCUCCCCAGCCUGGAAGCCGUGUAUCUCAUCACCCCAUCUGAAAAGUCUGUCCGUUCACUCGUCAACGACUUCAAGGAUCCCCCUACCUCCAAGUACCGGGCUGCCCACGUCUUCUUCACUGACUCUUGCCCUGAUGCCCUGUUCAAUGAACUGGUGAAAUCUCGCACAGCAAAAGUAAUCAAGACCCUGACGGAAAUCAACAUUGCCUUCCUCCCCUACGAGUCUCAGGUUUACUCCUUGGAUUCUGCCGACUCUUUCCAAAGCUUCUACAGCCCCCACAAGGCCCAAAUGAAAAACCCCAUCCUGGAACGCCUGGCAGAACAGAUUGCCACCUUGUGUGCCACUCUGAAGGAAUAUCCGGCCGUCCGAUACAGAGGAGAUUACAAAGACAAUGCCAUGCUGGCCCAGCUUAUCCAGGACAAAUUGGAUGCCUAUAAGGCUGAUGAUCCAACCAUGGGUGAGGGCCCGGACAAAGCUCGCUCCCAGCUCCUCAUUCUGGACCGUGGCUUCGACCCAGCCUCCCCAGUGCUGCAUGAACUGACUUUCCAAGCCAUGAGCUAUGAUCUGCUGCCUGUUGAGAAUGAUGUCUACAAGUAUGAGACAAGUGGCAUUGGAGAGGCCCGGGUGAAAGAGGUUCUUUUGGAUGAGGAUGAUGACCUCUGGGUUGCCUUACGCCACAAGCAUAUUGCAGAAGUGUCUCAGGAGGUCACCCGCUCUCUGAAGGAAUUUUCUUCCAGCAAGAGGAUGAACACUGGCGAGAAGCAGACCACUAUGAGGGACCUGUCUCAGAUGCUGAAGAAGAUGCCCCAGUAUCAGAAAGAACUCAGCAAGUAUUCCACCCACCUGCACCUGGCUGAGGACUGCAUGAAGCACUACCAAGGCACCGUGGACAAGCUCUGCAGAGUAGAACAGGACCUGGCUAUGGGCACCGAUGCUGAAGGGGAGAAGAUCAAGGACCCUAUGAGGGCCAUUGUGCCAAUCCUGCUGGAUGCAAAUGUCAGCACUUACGACAAAAUCCGCAUCAUUCUCCUGUACAUCUUCCUGAAGAAUGGCAUCACUGAAGAAAACCUGAACAAACUGAUCCAGCAUGCUCAGAUCCCACCAGAGGACAGCGAGAUCAUCACCAACAUGGCCCAUCUUGGAGUGCCCAUCAUCACAGAUUCCACCUUGCGUCGCAGGAGCAAGCCGGAGCGGAAGGAGCGCAUCAGCGAGCAGACCUAUCAGCUCUCAAGAUGGACCCCUGUUAUUAAAGACAUAAUGGAGGAUGCUAUUGAGGACAAACUGGACACAAAGCACUAUCCCUAUAUCUCUACCCGCUCCUCAGCCUCUUUCAGUACCACUGCUGUCAGCGCCCGCUAUGGACACUGGCACAAAAACAAGGCCCCUGGUGAGUACAGAAGUGGUCCCCGCCUCAUCAUCUUCAUCCUUGGGGGCACGAGCCUGAAUGAGAUGCGCUGCGCCUAUGAGGUGACGCAAGCCAGCGGAAAGUGGGAAGUGCUAAUAGGGUCCACUCACAUCCUCACUCCACAGAAACUGCUGGACACGCUGAAGAAACUGAAUAAAACAGAUGAAGAAAGCAGCAGUUAAAAAACAAAACAAAGCAAAUGAAACAAUGAUGAAAAUCAACUUCCCAGCUCAUGGCUGCCCUCCCGUUAGCUGUCCCAUUAAACGUUACUUUGCUGAAUCAUGGGUCCAUCUCCCACUCCAAGCCAAGCUUUCUCUCCUGUUCUUGUGUUGAAAAACCUUCCCCUAGUCCCUCCCUGCCCUCAUCCCUCAUUUUAACCACAGGGAGGGAAUAAAAAGUAUGCAUUGUGUUAAAAAGAAAAAUAUAUUCUAUAUAUAGAUAUUAAAAAAACCCACCAAAACCAACUCAUUUUCAAGUAACCCAUUUACCCAUUGCUAGAGAAAAUUUUUUCCAAAUGUUUUUUUUUCCCCCCUUCCUUCUUCUGUAUGGAUGGAUGGAUGCGCCUGAAUUAUUUAUGGCUAUGUGAUCUUGUACCUAACCCAGAUGUAAACCUGAAUGCGCCGUGUGGGAAUUUGCUCAAGUUUGAAAUUGGUAGAGUUCUUUUUUUGUUGCUGCUGUCAGUGUUUUUCCUUGGUUUUCCUUUGGGGCGGGGAGGGGGAGGUUCUUGAAUGUGUAGUUUUUUGUGUUCGUGGAGGAAUAUGUUAAAUUGAGGGUCACCCAUGAUUCCUGUCCUCCGCUCCUCUGGGGCUUACCCUCUGGACAGAUGUUGAGGUGGGCACACAUCUGGACAAAUCAAUCAUGUGAGUGCUGAAGAGUUGGCCUCUGGCUUUGAAUGUCUAGAUGGGGCUUCUGGGAGCAGCCAAUCAGGACUUUAUGUACUGGAAUGUUGCGUUAGAUUUGCAAUAACCAAUCAGCUCAUUGGCUUAUCUGGUCUGGUGUCCCGACUGACAGUGACCAAUAGCUGAUGCUAAUCAAAGGAAGGCAAAAAGCCUCAUGGUGCAUUUAACUAAUGCAAGGAAAAGGGCAAGGAAAAUAUCUUACCUUCUUUCAGGGAUUGUGCUGCUGUGAACAGGCAUUAGUUUUUAAUGAAAAAUGUGAUCCUAGACACAAUUCACAGAGAGAAAGGAGGCACAUUUAAAAGUGCGGCCCCUUAGCAUAAUAACUGCCAUAGAAAAGGCCAGACCUGUCCAGGCUUGCUGGUGCCUCAGUUUCCUUGCAGUGGAGGGCUGCAAACUCUCCAUGCCCUUUCUACCAACACUUUAACCCCUUUCCUUUCUGACUUCAGUUUGGCGUAUUCCUUAAAGACAAUUAAAACACUGGAUAUUUUGUUUUGAAAUGUGUGGGGUCAAAAAGUCUCUCUUUGCUUGCAAAAAAUAAAUGAAUAAAGAAACAAACCAAGGCCAUUUAUAUCUCAGUAUUGAACUUAUGUUUAAAAAAAAAGAAUAAUAAAAAAAAAAAAGGCCGUUGUCUUCUUGGUUUCGUCUUGAGGUCCCCUCUGCAGUCCUGCACUGACCCAUGUAGCACGCCUCUGCCAUUUGUUUUUGCUGUUGUCGUCCAGUAGUGAAAUGUUGAUGACUGUGGAAGUCGCCAAAACUCCCUCUGGCCCUCCUAAGUCUCUCCAGCCUGUCCCUAUCUCACAGCGGACUGUGUGUAUAUUAAUUAAUGUGUCUUGUGAUGUUCUUACAAGCUUGGUGUAUAGUGGUUUAACAAGACCUUUUUAUUUUUAAAUUAUUCCUCCUUUCUUUCUAGCCCUGCCUCCUGCGUUAGAUGCACUGCAAUAUUUUUGGGUCUUUUUUUGAAGGCAUUGAACCCAUCCCUACCUCCCAUUAAGCCUUCUCUCCCUUGGCUCAUUGAUGUUUAGGUUUCUUCUUCUCAUCUCCCCUUUGUUCCUUGCCCAUAAAGUUAAAUAUAUAUUUUUAGGGCAAAGGCUGUAUACAUUUGCACUGAUAUUUAUUGGUUCCCCUCCUGUUCCUUUUGAUUUUCUUUUUUUCUCUUAAUUAGCAAUGCAAAUGCUUCAGGAUCUUAUAUGUUGGACAUAUUUUCUUUUUUCUGUUACAGUUAUUUAUAUAAAAAUAAUUUAUCAAAAUGGAAAAUUAAAAAAAAACUAGUCUGUCUUGGAACUCGUUUACCUGAAAUUAUUGGAAUCUAAAUGUUUGAAAGUGUUGAAGCACAAACAUGUAUCAUCUCUGUAUAUCUGUUCUUAUGUACUAAAGCACUUGAGUCAAUAAAUAAAUGCGCUCCCAUACAUGGUGCAAAAGGC